AUGGAUACUAGCAUAGAUGGCCAACCAUAUUUCAGAGUUCGUAACAGCAAUGUUCCUAGAGCCACAGCAAGCACUACACCAUAUGGAUGCACCAGUGAGCAAAGUCACCUAUUGCCCAUAGCCAAUGUGGGGCGAAUCAUGAAGCAAGCUCUACCACAGAAUGCGAAGAUAUCCAAACGAGCAAAAGAAACAAUCCAGGAAUGUGCAUCGGAGUUCAUCAGCUUUGUUACUGAGGAAGCAUCUGACCGAUGCUGCAAGGAUAACCGCAAGACUAUCAAUGGAGAUGAUAUCUGUUGUGCUAUGAAGACACUUGGCCUUGAUGAAUAUGCUGAUGCCAUGAAAAUAUAUUUGUGUAGAUAUAGGGAGCAUGAAGAGAAGGCAACCUCCAUGAAGUGCAAUAAGCCAGUUCAAAUUGAUGUCAACAAUGAAUUACCAAUCUUUCAAAGCAGUCAAAGUAGAGACCAAUUGCCUUCCAGGAGUCCUCAAAAUGCUGCAAAGACAAGGAAAUUUUUCUGA